AUGGCACUACAUCGUCCACCAUGCCGCCUACGAGUAUCGAACAUGCCAUCUGCGUUGGUGAUACUAAUUCUGUGGAUCUGUUUGUCUUGCGUCUCGGCGCUGCAGAAUCCACAGAUUGCUACUUUUUCGAGCACAACAAAAAGUCGCCUCAUGUCUGCAGCGCUGUCGUCGUCGGACACUAUUGCGGAUCGUUCGACUCUAUCUCUCCUAGAACAUGUCAAUAUCGAUAUUCCCAGCCAUGAAUACGCGGUUCCCUUUUACUAUGACAUUCUGGGUUGUGGCGUGGAUCCUCGCAUGGCUCACAAUUUUGUCAAUCAUCCAGCGAAAGAAUCUACUAUUUGGGCCAACUGUGGAGCCUCUCAGUUUCACCUAUGUUACAGCCCCGAAACAUCGCCCGGUCUUCCAGGACGUAUUGGGUUGCGCUAUGACAGUCUGGAUGGAUUGCAGCAGCGUCUGCAAGAGCAUCGCCAAGAAAAGAAGGAAGAAACCACGAGAUGCUUUCAGAGUUUCCAGCUCGAUCAGCAGGACUCGCAGGGCAAUCCUCAAAUCACAAUUGUCGAUCGAUACAACAAUGAGUUUGUCUGUCGAGCCCUUCCUUCUCCGAUCCCGUCUUCACCCAUUGCCAGCAAUCAGCCCAUUCUCGGAAUAAGUAGUGACGACGAAGCAGAGGAGUGGACUGAUUUGGCACAACGAUAUGGACGAGAAAAGAGCGAUUGUCGAGGGAUUGAUUAUCUCGAAAUUGCUUGCCCUACGGAGACGGCCGAAUCGAUUGCGCAGUUUUACGAGUCUGUAUUCGACGCGAACACCAACGUUAUUCCCUUGCCCGACAAUACCAAAAUCGCCAUGAUUGCUCUGGGCAAUAUACGGACCAAUGGCCGCGCCGAUCAAUACUUGCUCUUUAAAGAACAACCACAACAACAACCAGACGAUACUACUGGUACGACGACGACGACAACAACAAGCACCCAAAAGCAACAGCAUCAUAUUGCCCUCUACGUGGGUCAAGUCAAGGCGGACUUUAAUCAAGCCUACCGGAAUGCCGAAAUGGCAGGUGUCGUCUGGAUUAACCCGCGCUUUGAAGACAAGGUCGACACACUCACGGCUGCUCAACAAUGGAAUCAGUUUCGAUUCAAGAACAUUGUCGACCUCGAAACCGGCAAACCCAUUGUCGAGUUGGAGCAUGAAGUGAGAUCCACAGAGCAUUCGUCCUGGCCGGUAGUACUGUAG